UUCUCACACACACGUUCAAUCCAUAUUGUCUAUUCUACAAAUAGACAUAACCUUACUUAUGCUGUAGCAUUCGCGAGUCUUGACUUUUGGUGUUCUAGGACAUUCUCUGAGAAGAUAUUUAGCUAUCGAUAGUUUUGGAGCUAUGGGAGGCAACACGGAGGUUGAGAAGAAGGAUCAGGAGGUAGCUAGUCUCGAGGAAUAUCCCCCUGAACUUCUCAUCAAGCAUCCACUUCAAAAUACGUGGACAUUCUGGUACUAUACACACGACAGGCAAAAGACGUGGGAAGAAAGUCAAAGAGAGAUCUCCAGCUUCGAUACAGUUGAGGAUUUCUGGGCGUUGUACAAUCACAUUAUCUUGGCUUCUGAGCUGAAACAGGGCUGCGAUUACAGUAUGUUCAAAAAGGGAAUCCGGCCAAUGUGGGAGGACGAUGCUAAUAAACAGGGUGGAAGAUGGCUCAUGCAGCUGGAUAAGAAGCAGAGAACCUACGAUCUUGAUCGUCUCUGGCUUGAGAUACUCCUUUGCAUGAUUGGUGAGGCUUUUGAUGAUUACUCUGAUGAUAUUUGUGGGGCUGUUGUCAAUGUCAGGACCAAGGGAGAUAAAUUGGCUGCGUGGACGGCUGAUGCUACAAGAUCACAGAGUGUCUUAGAGAUUGGGAGAAAAUUGAAGGAACGAUUGGGAAUUCAUCAAAGACAGACCAUAGGAUAUCAAGUACACAAAGACACAAUGAUAAAGGCUGGAAGUGCCACGAAGAAUACUUAUCAAGUUUAGAUGGAAUAUUUUUAUGUUUUUCAUCGCAGUUAAUUUAAUAAAGUAUAUUCGUUGAGCAAAAAAAAAUUGCAUCGAAAUAAAAAAUUAACUAAAAUUUUGCCAACGAAUUUUAAAAACCAUCACGGAGGCGUUUAUCAUAGAGUGCAAAUGUGUCGAGUCUACAAAGUAAUUUUCAACUUGAACAAAAUGUUGAUCCCAUUUUUCUUCUGUAAUUCAAUGAUCUUGGCUAAGACGAGUGACCGUACAUUUAUUUAGAGGAAGUAUUAACUGAUUAAAUACAAAAUGGAUAAAUAACUCAGAGGGGUAACAUUGUAUCAUACUUAGAUUUAUUAGGUUUACGGGAAAUACGUGCGGGUUGUUGUAUUUCUGUGUUGCAAAGUUUGUUUCUAAGCCAUAGACAAUGUAAAGCCCCUGAAUAGUUAAUUCUACGAUUAUAUGUACGUUUACUCGAAUUUUCAUUUUAAAAAAUGCACGCAUUCAAUUUAUCGCUAGAAUAUUUCUUGUAAUUUUCAAUUUAAUAAUAAUACAUGAUUUAUAUGAAAAA